CAUGUAAUAACACACCACUUUCCUUCUUCAACCUGUUUUUUUCUCUCUUGAACUCCACGAACUGACUAUGAUGAAGUUGACAUUUCAUCUCAUGUGAAUAGGAUAAUAUCGAACAAUUAUCCAAUUACAUAUUCAAAAACAACUACAAAGACGCAGAAAUUCACUCUUCGUCGCCCACAAUGGCAGGAGACGAUGGCCCUGAGGAGUUUCCUCAACCUUUCGACGCAAAGCGACUCGAACCCGCUAAGAAACGGAAGCAUUCGCAAUCUCCAACCCGAAACAAGAGUAAGCAUCGCGACGAUUCCGCGGACAUGCCCUCAAUCGACGAACUCCCUCAACCAUUCGACGCCAAGAAGCUCGAACCGGCCAAGAAGCGCCAGCGCUCGAGAUCACCGACAGGCGAGGCUCCUCGAAAGCUAAAACGGCCUGGUCGCGGCGCCCGAUUCUCCCAAGCAGAGUCUUCAUCUAUCCGCCACCGCCACGAGCAACGCGAGCGCGAAGCCGCCGAGGCCGCUGUCACGCAGGCUGUGCUAGACCAGAGAGGCAUCAACGACGUCGUGCGACAGCAUUACAAUGCCGUGCCGGAGAGAGGUCGAGACUGGCGGAAGACGGACAGCAGAAUCAAGGGGCUGAGAUCGUUCAACAACUGGGUCAAGAGCACGCUGAUACAGAAAUUCUCGCCGGACGAGGACUACACGCCCGGCGCCCAUGAAAGAGGACACGAUUUGGCUGGUGCUAGGGACCACCAGCUACUUGUCCUCGAUAUUGGAUGUGGUAAGGGUGGUGAUUUGGGCAAAUGGCAACAGGCCCCUCAGAGGGUUGCGUUGUACGUUGGAUUGGACCCUGCAGAUGUCUCGAUCGAUCAGGCGCGAGAACGGUAUCGUAACAUGAGCCAUCGUGGUGGAGGCGGUCGAGGUGGUAGGGGCGGUCAUAGAGGUGGCCGCCACCAACAUCUUUACGAUGCGCGCUUCUUUGCGAAAGAUUGCUACGGCGAAUCUAUCGGCGACAUCGACAUCAUCCGGCAAGUCGGAUUUGAUCAUUCACCCAUGGGAAGAAGUGGGUUCGAUAUCGUCAGCAUGAUGUUCUGUAUGCACUACGCUUUUGAAAGCGAAGAAAAGGCCCGGAUGAUGCUCCAAAAUGUCUCCGGAGCCUUGAAGAAGGGCGGCCGUUUCAUCGGCUGCAUACCCAACUCGGACGUGAUCGGCGAACGAGUUGUCAAGUUUAACGACUGGCUUGCGAAAAAGCAGAAGGCAGAGGCAGCCAAAGAGAAGGAAGCACCUCCCCCCAAGGACGAGGACAAGGAAGAUGGAGAGGAAAAGGAAGAGGGGGAAGAGGGAGAGGCAGAGGAGACGGCGGAAUGGGGCAACGAUCUCUACCGAGUUAGAUUCCCCGGUAAAACGCCCGCGGAUGGAAUAUUCCGACCGCCGUUCGGCUGGAAAUACAGCUUCUUCCUCGACGAGGCGGUAGAGGAAGUACCCGAGUACGUUGUGCCGUGGCCGGCAUUCCGUGCUAUAGCGGAGGACUACAACCUCGAGCUACAGUACCAUCAAAAAUUUGACGAAAUCUGGGAAGCCGAAAAGGACGACCACAUACUAGGACCCCUGAGCGAACGUAUGGGCGUCCGUGAGAGAGGCAGGGGGCCGCUUCUAGUCUCCCCGGAAGAAAUGGAGGUUGCAAGCUUCUACCUAGCGUUCUGCUUCUAUAAAGUAUAGUGGCAUCUUUACGAGCGAUAGGGCUUGGCUUAUGUGGUUGGUUGCAAGGCAACACGACUACUGGAUGGAGGCGUUGUUGACAUUGUUUAUUCAAGAACCUAAUGCGUUUCUUGAUAAUCCUAAAAGGGUCCUUGAAGUCAACAUCAGCCUUGAAAUCCGGCUUAUCCUAAUGUGGAUAGGAUACCAUAUCAAAUACAAUACGCUACAAGGGCACCUGUUUACCGUUAGACCGAUGCUAUGAUGGACUGACGACAACGUUGUAAUCAUCCAUGACAAACAUAACGUAACUACAUAGUAAAUGGUGAUAUGUUAAUAA